AGUCUGCAAGGAAGGAGCUACAAGAGCUGGAAACUAUUCACAGCUCAGUCAUUCACUUGAAAUUCAUUCCUCCUGCCCUUCAUUUCGGGGAAUACCAUCAACCACCUAGAGGGGAGCUUCACCAUCGUAUGUCACAGAUUUGACUUGAAUCAUCUUGAGAAUCGGUCACCAACACUUGCUCUAGAUUGAGAAACUGAGAAUGAGACUUUGGGUCUUGGUAAUUCUAACAAUUCUCAUACCUUCCACAUCAGCUGCAUUUAGCAAAUCGUCUUGGAGCCUGGAAAAUGAGGCUUUAAUUGUGAGAUGUCCCAGACAAGAAAAAUCUCGAUACCCUGUUGUCUGGUAUUACUCAAAAACCAACAAACGUAUUACCACCCAGAGAAGAAGUCGUGUAGUUGCCUCAGGGGAACGUCUUAAGUUUCUCCCAGCCAAAGUCAAAGAUUCCGGAUUUUAUACUUGCAUUAUCAGAAGUCCUACCUCCAAUAAGACUGGAUAUGUGAAUGUCACCAUUUAUAAAAAACAACCAGGUUGUGAUAUUCCAGACUUUCUGAUAUAUUCAACAACAUCUGGAUCAGAAAAAAAUUCCAGAAUAUAUUGUCCUACAAUUGACCUCUACAACUGGACAGCACCUGUGGAGUGGUUUAAGAAUUGUGAAGUUCUUCAAGGAUCCAGGUACCGAGCACACAAGUCAUUUUUGCAGAUUGACAAUGCAAACAGCAAGGACGCUGGUGAUUAUACAUGCAAAUUUAUGCACAAUGAAAAUGGAGUCAAUUAUACUGUGACUGCAACCAGGGCAUUCACAGUUAUUGAUAAGCGAAGCUUUUCUUUGCUUCCAGUAAUUAUAGCCCCUCCACAGAAUGAAACAAAGGAAGUGGAAAUUGGAAAACCAGCAGACCUAAGGUGCUCUGCUUGCUUUGGGAAAGGCUCUCAGACCAUGGCUGACAUCCUGUGGCAGGUUAACAGAAGCAACGCUGAGAACUUCGGUGAAGCAAGAAUACAUGUGUUGCGAGAGCAAGAUCAAAGUUCUCGCAGUGAGCUGACUUGCCUAAACGCCGUGUUAAGAAUAGUGGAUGUAAAAGAAGAGGAUUUAUCACUGAAGUACGACUGUCUGGCCAUGAAUUUCCGUGGCCUGAUCAUGCACACCGUAAGACUGAGGAGGAAAAAUCCAACGGAUCAACAAAGCACCUACUACGUGCUUGCAGGAUUUAGCAUAUUAUUCUUGCUAAUCAAUGUCUUGGUGAUAAUUCUAAAAGCAUUCUGGAUUGAGAUUAUUCUGCUCUGGAGAGACAUAGCUAGACCUCACAAAACUAGGAACGAUGGGAAGAUCUAUGAUGCUUACGUGAUCUAUCCACGGAACUGCAAAAACAGUCCAAAGGGGGCCAGCUCUGUGGAGUACUUUGUUCACCAGAUUCUGCCUGACGUUCUUGAAAAUAAAUGUGGCUACGACUUAUACAUUUAUGGAAGAGAUCUGCUCCCUGGAGAAGAUGUAGCCACCACAGUGGAAACCAGCAUCCAGAAGAGCAGGCGGCAUAUCUUCAUCCUGACUCCUGAGGUCACGCACAGCAAGGAGUUUACCUACGAGUGGGAGAUCGCCUUGCACAACACCCUCAUCCAGAACGACUCCAAGGCCAUCCUUAUUGAAAUGGAGGCGCUGUGCCCGCCUGGCGGACUGCAGAUCGAGGAGCUUCAGGACUCCCUCAAGCACCUCGUCGAAGUGCAGGGGACCAUCAAGUGGAGGGAGGACCUCGUGGCCAAGAAACAGUCCCUGAAUUCCAAGUUCUGGAAGCACAUAAGGUACCACAUGCCGGUGCCAAGCAAACUUCCAAGAAAGACUCCCCGUUCGGCAUCCUCGAGCGCCCAGGGGCAGCAGUGCUUGCUUUGAUGGCUAACGCACUGCGUUUGGGGGAUCCAAAUCCCUCCCAGCUGGGUCACGCGGCUGUACCAGACAGUGGGGGCUGAGGCUCCAGAAAUAGGAGUAUCGAGGGUAUUCAGACCUCAGAUUUCAUGCACUGACUUUACUUCCAUUUCCCUGGUUCUGGCAGGAUGCAAAAUACCCCGAGAUUUUCAUCCUCAAGCUCCCUGUCUCCACCUCACAUCCCCUCCCUCGUCUUCCAUGGCUGGUCCUUCUCCAUCGUGGCCCGGCAUCUUCUCACUACUCUUCCUCUCUCUCUCUCGUUCUCUCUCUCCUUAUUCCUUGUCGAUAUUCUACAUUUUGAACAUCAAACUGAAAGUUUUAGAGUUAAAUUUUCAUGUGAUCUUGAACACUCAGAUCCCUUCAAGCAGAACGCUGGUACUAAAUCUUGUUCCCAAUGCCAGAAUGUGUUAGAUUUUAUUUGAUCAGAUGCUUAAGUUUUAUCAUAUCAAUACUGUCCAUUUGGUUGGAGUACCUUACCAAAUUACCCAAUUAUCAUUAUAUUUAAGAUUUUUUAAUUCUAAUAUUUCAUCUGAAAAGGAUCUGAAAUCCAAAUUUAGCUGGGGGUCUUGUAUUUUUAUAUGUUAAGUCUGGUUACCCUACCCUGGUAGUAUUAUUGUGCUUUUAUGUGGUGAUAUCUGAUUUUGUCAAAUUACUAUAAAUGUAGCCAAUGAAAGAGGCUGUAGAGUUGAUUAACAUCAUAGAAUUCAGAAUCAACAGUCAUCCUCUGCUAGCUACGUGACCAUGAGCAAGUUACUUAACUUCUCAAAAACUUAGUCACCUUCGGUAAAAUGGGAA